CCCAUAUGACCUUGACAUUGUUGAUUCCUCCAACAUCACUUUUAGUGGCAAUGGUUUGAGCCUGGUUCCCGUCAACCGCACAGCCUCGUUUGUCAUCCAUGGAGUGUCAGGAUCAGGAAAACUGGAUGUGGAAAUCAUUGGCGAUCACAAGGUCACGGUGAGCUAUGGGGCAAGAAGAUCCAGGGAUCCCCGUACACAGUGCGGGUUUAUGACACUGGUCGGGUUGCCGUAUCUGACAUGCCCUCGUCUGGGUUGCUAGGGCAGCCCGUGGUAUUUGACAUUGAUGCUUCAAAAGCAGGCAGUGGUAACAUAGAGAUAAUGAUUAGUGGAGGUGAGAUUGCCUGCAGUGUACAGAACCAUGGUAACUACUGGUUUACGGCGUCUUUUCUCCCUGUCUCCAUAGAAUAUCACACCAUUGAGAUGAAGUUCAACAAAGAACAUGUUCCAGGCUCCCCGUGGCGUAUCACGAUCGCAGAUGCCAAAAGCAUGACAGUCUCGGGCCGAGGCCUGGAGUAUGUCCAGGUCAAUAAAACGGCCUCAUUCUCGAUAAUCAUGAAUAAUCUGGAUCCCAAGCAGUUUGCAGUGUCCAUUCUAGGUAACCCAGUUGUUGUACGAGCAUGUAAACCAGUUUUCUGA